GUCUGGCGCUGGCGGGAAAUAAACAUGGAGGUGGAAAUGGAGGAAGCUCCAAGUGGGCAACCGGGGGUUAAAGAGCAGCCUGCUCCCGAUAACAAGUGCCCUCCCGGGACUUAUGAGCUGCCCUGGGUGGAGAAAUACAGACCGUUGAAGCUGAACGAAAUAGUUGGCAAUGAAGAAACCGUCAGUCGGCUGGAGGUGUUUGCAAGAGAAGGAAAUGUGCCCAACAUCAUCAUUGCUGGUCCUCCAGGGACUGGCAAGACCACAAGUAUUUUGUGUUUGGCACGAGCUCUUCUGGGCCCUGCGUUAAAAGAUGCAGUGUUGGAACUUAAUGCUUCAAAUGAUCGAGGCAUUGAUGUGGUGAGAAACAAAAUUAAAAUGUUUGCACAGCAGAAGGUGACUUUACCAAAAGGUCGACAUAAAAUUAUCAUCCUGGACGAAGCUGACAGUAUGACAGAUGGAGCCCAGCAAGCUUUAAGAAGAACCAUGGAAAUCUAUUCCAAAACCACACGCUUUGCCUUGGCUUGCAAUGCUUCAGACAAAAUCAUAGAACCCAUCCAAUCUCGCUGUGCUGUUCUACGGUAUACCAAACUGACAGAUGCCCAAGUUCUUGCGAGGCUGAUGACGGUUGUUGAGAAGGAAAGGGUUCAGUGUACAGAUGAUGGUCUAGAAGCCAUUGUGUUUACUGCACAAGGAGAUAUGAGACAGGCAUUGAAUAACCUGCAGUCUACUCAUGCUGGUUUUGGCACUGUUAACAGUACCAAUGUUUUUAAGGUCUGCGAUGAGCCCCAUCCAUUACUAGUAAAAGAAAUGUUACAGCACUGUGUGAAUGCAAAUAUCGAUGAAGCGUACAAGAUUGUGGCUCACCUGUGGAAACUUGGUUAUUCCCCUGAGGACAUCAUAGGCAACAUCUUUAGAGUGUGCAAAACUUUCCAGAUGCCUGAAUAUCUUAAGCUGGAAUUUAUAAAGGAAAUUGGUUACACACACAUGAAAGUAGCUGAAGGUGUCCACUCUCUCUUACAAAUGGCUGGACUUCUUGCUCGUCUGUGUCAGAAGACUGCAGUAACAUCAAAAUAAAAUAUGCCCGUUUGCUUGUUUUUUGUUAAUUAAA